AUGGUGUCUCAGGUUGAAGAAUUGAAAUCUAAAGCAAAUGCUGCUUUUUCAGCUGGGAAAAAUGAUGAUGCAAUCAAUUUGUAUACUCAAGCUAUAGAACUCGAUGAAAAAAACCAUAUACUCUAUAGUAAUCGUUCAGCUGCUUAUGCUAAAGCAAAUAAAUAUGAAGAUGCAUUAAAAGAUGCUGAACAAUGUAUUACACUAAAGACUGAUUUUGUCAAAGGAUAUUCGCGAAAAGGUGCUGCAUUAUCAUUUCUAAAACGAUAUGAUGAAGCAAUAAAUGUUUAUGAAGAAGGUCUUAAAAUAGAUUCGAAUAAUCAGCAAUUACUUACUGAUCUAGAAACAGCACGAAAAGAUGCAGCUAAAUCAUCAGCUAAUGGACUUAGUUUCUUCUCCGAUCCACAAUUUAUGAAUCAACUUUUGACAAACCCAAAAGCACGAGAACUUUUAAAAGAUCCUGAAACAGCCAUGCUUAUGAAAAUGAUGCAAGAACAACCAAAUAAUACAUCAAUUCUGACUAAUCCAAAAUUAUUAAAAUUAAUUGGAACUGUACUUGGAAUAGACAUUGGUACUGGAAAUGAUAAUGAUACAACAAUGGAAAAUGAUACAAAUCCAACAACUACAAAAAAAGAAACAAAUACUUCAACAUCGUCAAAACCAUCAAAGACUACAAAUACAAAUAAAAAUUUAACAUCAGAACAAAAUCAAGCCGAAGAAGAAAAAGAGAAGGGUAAUGAAGCAUACAAGAAAAAAGAUUUUGAAAUAGCAUUGAAUCAUUACAAUAAAGCAACUGAAAUCGAUCCAAAAAAUAUGACCUAUUAUACAAAUAGAGCUGCUGUUUAUUUUGAACAAAAACAAUGGGAUGAUUGUAUAAAAGAAUGUGAAAAAGCUAUAGAUAUUGGACGUGAAAAUAAAGCUGAUUAUAAAUUAAUUGCCAAAGCUUAUGCUCGUAUGGGAAAUGUGAAAGCACAAGAAAAAAAUUAUGAAGAUGCUAUCAAAUAUUUUAAUCAUUCACUCUCUGAACACCGAAAUCCAGAUAUAUUAAAGAGAAAACAAGAAAUUGAAAAAAUAUUUAAAGAACAAGAAACAUUAGCUUAUGUUGACCCUGAAGUAGCUGAACAAGAAAAAACAAAAGGAAAUGAAUUUUUUCAAAAAGCUGAUUAUCCAAAUGCACUUAAACAUUAUACUGAAGCUAUUAAACGAAAUCCAUCUGAUGCAAAACUUUAUUCGAAUCGAGCAGCUUGUUAUACAAAAUUAAUGGAAUUUCGAUUAGCACUAAAAGAUAGUGACGAAGGAAUUAAAAUUGAUCCAGCAUUUAUUAAAUGUUAUCUUCGUAAGGGUCAUGCCUUAGUGGCAAUGAAAGAUUUAGGUCAAGCAAUGGCUGCAUUUGGCAAAGCUCUUGAAAUCGAUCCAAAUUGUCAAGAAGCUAUUGAAGGCUAUCGACAAUGUUCAGUAAGAUCGAGUGAUGAUCCUGAAGAAGUUCGUAAACGUGCAGCUGCUGAUCCUGAAAUUCAACAAAUUCUCAGUGAUCCUGGUAUGCGUUUAAUUCUUGAACAAAUGCAAAAUGAACCACAAGCAUUACGUGAUCAUUUACGAAAUCCUGCAAUUGCACAAAAAAUUCAAAAAUUAAUCGACUCUGGUAUUAUUGGUAUUCGUCACGGUUAA